AUCUGUGGCCAAUUUUGACGGGAUGAAGCUGAAUUAAGAGGUCGAUGAAAAAUAAUUGAAAGCUUAUUGAAAUUUUCACAUUGCACCACAAUUUUCCGUGGAAAAUCUCAAUAAUAACAAAUAAUGGCCUCGUUGUGUGGUAGACUGGCAGUGAAUGCAGUUAGGCGCAACGUUACAAAUAACAUUUUCAGAGCCUACGCUUCAAAUAAAGUUACCCUUGGCGACCCCAUUGAGCAUGCCACCGGUUUAGAAAAACGUGAAUUGUUGGCCAAAGCUGCAGGAAACCCAAACCCCUUCGAUAUUCGUGUCAUUAAACAAGGUCCAGGAACUAGAGAACGCCCUACUGAAAUACCCUCUGCCUUUGAUGCUAGGAUUGUCGGAUGCAUUUGUGAGGAAGAAGCUUCAUAUGUUAACUGGAUGUGGUUAUAUAAAGGUCAACCUAAGAGGUGUGAAUGUGGACAUUGGUACACCCUUGUUCACAAAGCACCUGUUUAAAUGGUGUUUUCCAUCAGUAAAUAGAAUUCUUAGAUCGUAAUUUAAUCAAUUUUUAUUUCAACAUCAAGAUGUUUCUUAUUAAACCUUAUUUUUUUGGAUAGUACACCUUGUGUUUCCAAAAUUCCUUAAAAAGAAACAAUAUUACAUGAAGUGAAGAGUUGGAGUACUUUUUAUGUAUUAUCUUUGUUAUUUGAUUAAUAACUUGACAUGUAACUAAGAAACAACAAAGCUCAUAAAUUCGCUUAAUCCA